GUCCAGGGGGACGAGUCGUCCUCGUGCUCGGCUGCAGGAGGUGAUGAAGACUCUGGGACUGACGCACCGAGGAGAUGCUGAGCGGGGACCUGGUGGCCGUGUGGGAGGUGGCGCUGAGCGACGGCGUCUUCAGGAUCGGGUUCGCUCACGGCACCACCACCGGGAAACGUGUUGUCUACGUCAACGGGCAGUCAUCAGAAGAGACUGGAUGUUCAAACUGGUCGGAAAGGAAACCUUCACAGUGGGAGGAGCCAACACCAAAGCCACCAUCAGCAUGGAGGCGGUGAGCGGCUUCGCCUACGAGUACACGCUGGAGGUGGAGGGCAAGAGUCUGCAGAAGUUCAUGGACAACAGGACGAAGACGACGGAGACGUGGCUGCUGCGAGUGGACGGAGAGGAGCGCCGGGUGGUGCUGGAAAAAGACACAAUGGACGUUUGGUGCAAUGGACAGAAAAUGGAGACGACGGGGGAGUUUGUGGACGACGGCACUGAGACUCGUUUCCUUUUGGGGGAACACGAGUGUUGCAUCAAGGCGACAGGCAGCAGGAAGAAGAGCGGCAUCGUUCAUCACUUCCUGUUGGAUGGAGAGAAAAUAUCUGCUCCUGCACAGUAACACUAACACAGAGUGGAAACACUGACUCAUCAUUUACUUCUCUGUUUGAUCAUAAAUGUAGAAAUGAGAUUUAAACCACUUUAAAGUGCAGAACUGACUCUGUAGACUGUCCUAGGGCUCGGAGCUUUAUUCUGAAGGGGCCCUACUUUUAAUUUGUUAAUUAGUUUUUGUGCAGCCUCAACACAUCAAAUAUCUUUAUGAAUAUUAUGAUGUCCACACAGCAGUCGCUGAGAGGAAGUCUGGAGUUUACAAGUUCAACCUUCUUAAUGUUGUUGGAGUUGCUCGUGUGGUUUUUCUUGUAAAACGCCAAAAACCUUUGUUCCAGAUUCUCAGAUUGUUGUUUGUUGUCUUUCUUUGUGUUUUGUUCCAUUUGUCAAAUGAAACUCUGGGAAACUGUGAUGCUCAUUGUUUUUAAUGAUUAAUCGAUAAAACAGUCUUAUAUUUGA